AUGAAGCUUCUAUUACCAGCCAUCUUUGUUUCCGUUGGAUCCGCCUUUGUGAUUCCAUCUUCCCAUCAACCUCUCAGCUCUUCGCUCCAGGUGGUCAGCGAUUUGUUUGUCGACGAAACCCGAGCUUCGGUCUCCAAGUACUAUGGCGAAGAACUCAAAGGAUCUGACGAUUUGAAGACGAAUGCUUGCUCUACCGCUGCAUCUCCACCAAAGUACAUUCAAGAUUGCAUCAGCAACAUUCACCCUGAAGUGGUUGCCAAGUAUUACGGAUGCGGGCUCUGCUUGCCCCAAUAUCCUUUGGAAGGGGCCACCGUCUUGGAUUUGGGAAGUGGAUCCGGUCGUGAUGUCUACAUUGCCAGUCAAUUGGUUGGCCCUAAGGGCAAGGUUGUUGGUGUCGACAUGACGGAUGAACAAUUGGAAGUUGCCAAUAAGCACUUGGAUUACCAUACCGAAAAGUUUGGCUUUUCAAAUGUCGAAUUCAAAAAGGGAUACCUCGAAAAUCUUGCCGAUUUGAACUUGGAGGAAGGAUCCUUUGAUGUGAUCAUCUCCAAUUGCGUCAUCAACUUGUGUACCGACAAGGAAGCCGUCUUGAAGGAGUGCCUCAAAUUGCUAAAGCCAGGUGGUGAAUUGUAUUUCUCCGAUGUCUAUUCCAAUCGACGUGUCCCCAAGGUCUUGCAAGAGGAUGAAGUCUUGUGGGGCGAAUGCUUGUCGGGUGCCUUGUACUGGAAUGACUUUGAAAACUUGGCACGCAAGGUUGGCUUUGCGGACCCACGCUUGGUCGAAGACGCUCCCAUCACCGUCCAAAAUGCCGAUAUCGAACGAUUGUUUUCGGAAUCGGGCCAUGAUGCUCUUGAAUUCUACUCGGCGACCUACCGCUUGUGGAAAAUGGACUUGGAACCACACUGCGAAGAUUAUGGGCAAGCUGUCAUUUACAAGGGAACUAUGGAUAGAUAUCCCUCGGGUUGGUUGUUGGACAAGCACCACUUUUUUGAGACUGGAAAGAUCCAUCCAGUCUGUGGAAAUACAUGGAACAUGUUGGAAAAGUCUCGAUUGAAGGAUGACUUUGAGUUCAUUGGAAACUUUGAUAAGCACUUCGGAAUCUUUGAAGGAUGUGGAUCGACCAUGCCAUACGACAGUCAAGAGGCUUCGUCUGGAAAGGGAGAAUCUACUGGAGGAUGCUGUUAA